AUGCGUUUCAGGGCGAGUAUGCAGAAUGUCCAUACUUUCAGCAAAUUCACGGCCUCGCUGGCUUCUCUCGGUAACAUUGCUUGGCUCAGGCUCGACGAAAAGGACAUACGAUUCACAGUCAUUCCGGAGUCAGGCACGCAAGUGUGGUCAGUCCUGGCUAUAGACACAAUCUUUGAGACCUACAGUAUACAGUCUGCGGCCGAGGGAAAUACUAUCAAUCUCGAACUACCGCUUGCGCCACUACAGCGAGCACUGAAGAGUGCUGUGCAUGCCACAUCUGCCAGCAUUCGUCUGACCAAAAAGGACAAUGUGCCACUAUUAUCGCUUACAAUCUCUACUCAGGCCAUGAACAGCAGUGCGCCAAUGCCUAAUGGUCACGCAAACACCGCUUCUGGCGACCAGGAGGAUGUGGAGUUUUUUGGUGCCAGACAAGAUCGCGAGACGGUGGUCACACAGGACAUCCCCAUCCGUGUACUUGCGCCAGCUUCAGUGGAUGGACUGCAUGAACCAAAAUGUAGGCCACCAGAAGUACACAUUACCCUGCCGAAUCUGAUGCAGCUCAAGGGCAUCAGUGAUCGCUUCACCAAGCUAGCUCUGUCUGCGAGAGGCACCAGAAGCGGCUUCAACAGUGCUGUGGCUGGACCGAAGCUCGAAAUCAGUGCUAAUAUGCAUGGCUGUCUACGACUUACUCUCAACACCGACGCAAUGCGUAUCAGCAGUCUUUGGACUGGCCUCGAAAUUCCAGAACUUGAUCCUUCGCAAGUUGAAGGUGGCGUGGAAGGAAUUGCCAAUCACCCCAGCACCAGAAUGAAAGCACUUGGGAAUUCUUCUGGACAGGGUGAAGAAGGAUGGGCGACCGUCCGUGUCGAAGGUCGAGACUGGGGUCGUGUAUUGAGUGUCGGGCGCAUGAAUGGCAGAGUUAUUGCGUGCUUCGUGGACGAGCAUGCUCUUAUUCUGUACGUCUAUCUCGAACGAGAUGAGCCUGGUGGAAGUGAAGAUGUGCUCACGUACUACAUCUCUUCAUUUGCUCCAUAGAAUCAGAAUUACCACCAAAUGUCGUACGCCCUUGUCAGAGGCUGAACCUGUCUGCGCCACUCGCUGCCCCAGAACUUCGAGUAAUUUGCUAUAUCAAAACAGAUGGUCCUAACUCCUGGGUGAAUCUACGAAGUCAGGAGGUGGUCAAUUCUACGUUCUCAGGCUGCUGAUCUGCCGCACAAAGUGAGGAUAGGUCCGAUCAUGUGUGUGCUGUGAUCGCGAAGAGCGAGUGACAGAUCAGAGAUCGCCGAGUGAGCUUGUCAACAGUGUGAAGUUUACAUGGACCAGGGAGUCCGAUUCAGCCUGCGGGAGCCUGAAGCCUGAAGCCUGAAGCCUGGAGCCUACCUCCUACGGAGGUAGCCUCCUAGGCUCCUACAGUCAACACAGGUGUACUGGGUUCGCAAUUUAAACCUUUGGCGCAACUCCGGUAGAACGGUGUGUUCACAUGCCCACUUUUUCGCUCGAGCAAGCGAUGAAAGAUGAUAGAUAGAUACAUGUAGCACACGCCUACGAUAUGAGCAUGUUCAGCGUCC